UUAAAUAACUUUUGUAGGUUAUUAGUUAUUCAAGCCAUACCUUUAUUGAGGAGAAAUAUUAGUAAAUAGAUUUACAUAGCCAAACUGUAAUAAAAUGUAGAAAUUGUUUGUUAUUAACCUUUGAUAUAUUAUGGAAAUAUACGAAUCAAUUAUAAAAAGAAAGUGUUGAGAGGUUAAGUGCUCUAAAGAAUUUCAAUUUGCUCCUGACUUAGGUCGCCAACAUAAAACCAAGUUCCUAUAUCUUUAGAUUCAACAAUAAUAAGUGAUGGGUUUGGUACAAUCUCUUAUGUGCGCUAUCGUGCUUUGCUUCGAAAGAGUGGUGUCAUGGAUGUGCUGUGCCAUGGUGCUGGUGGUGAUAUUGGUCAUGAUUGUUGUAUUGACGCUGUACGGCAUCACGCUGGGGUAUCACUACGCACAAAAGGAAAUAGCACGUUUCGCAUCCGGUGAAGAAGCAAGUGGAGGUCGGUCAGGAAGUGAGUUGUUGCGUGAGGGGGACACGCAGCAGCAGGAGGUAGUCGAGCCCCUGGUGCGUCUUGUCGCCGUCAACCGCACGCAGCAUGAGACAUCUGGCGACGUGCCGGGUUCUUUUGAGGGUAGGACAGUGUCAGCGCAGCCGUUGUACCUAGAAUCGACACCUACACCACUAGUUGUUCUAGAAAGUGAAAGGCCAAUAAAAGAGGUGGAAUUAACGCCUCAUGAGAAGGAAUUAGCAUUGAAAUUAAUUGGCAGAUUUCGACGAAUAAAGAGAAAUAACUACACAAGUUAUUCACCGCCUACGUUAAUACACGACGACUCUACAACUUCAGCAGCGUAAUAACUAGAAAGGAAAUCAUUUAAA